UUAAAUUUUUCGGCGAUUGAAUUUUCACGGCGAGAAAUGGCGACGGCGAUAGGCUUUCUGAUACUCUUGUCAUACUUGAGCUUGUCUCAUGGAUUAGUACAACCUCGGAGGAUAUCUCAUGGUUUGUCUGCAAGCGGCAAGUACUUGACGAGGGAUGAGCUCUGGUUCAAUCAAACCCUUGACCAUUUCUCUCCUUAUGACCAUCGCAGAUUCAGACAGCGAUACUAUGAAUAUCUGGACCAUUUACGAGUUCCAGACGGACCUAUCUUUCUGAUGAUAUGUGGCGAGGGCCCUUGCAACGGAAUCCCAAAUGAUUAUAUAAGUGUGUUGGCAAAGAAGUUUGAAGCAGGUGUUGUUUCACUGGAGCAUCGUUAUUACGGAAAGAGCUCACCUUUUAACUCAUUAGCCACUGAGAAUCUCAAGUAUCUUUCAUCUAAACAAGCCCUUUCCGAUUUAGCUGCUUUCCGUGGAUAUUACCAGGAAUCUUUGAAUGUUAAAUUGAAUAGAAGUGGCAAAGUUGAUAAUCCUUGGUUCUUCUUCGGAGCGUCUUAUUCUGGAGCUUUGAGUGCUUGGUUCCGGCUUAAGUUCCCUCAUUUGACUUGUGGAAGCCUCGCUAGUUCUGCAGUUGUUCGUGCUGUCUACGAGUUCCCUGAAUUUGAUCAACAGAUAGGUGAGUCAGCUGGACCGGAAUGUAAAGCUGCACUACAGGAGACUAAUAAACUCGUGGAACUAGCGCUUAAAGUCAAUAACAAAGCUGUGAAAGUUCUCUUCAAUGCCACCGAGCUUGACGUUGAUACUGAUUUCUUAUACUUCGUAGCAGAUGCACAAGUUAUGGCGUUCCAAUACGGAAAUCCAGAUAAGCUAUGUGUUCCACUCGUGGAAGCUAAGAAGAACGGUGGUGAUUUAGUGGAAGCAUAUGCUAAAUAUGUUAGAGAGUUCUGCUUUGGAGUUUUUGGGUUAAGUGCUAAAACAUAUAGCAGGAAACAUUUGCUAGACACAGCGAUCACACCAGAGAGUUCAGAUAGGCUGUGGUGGUUCCAAGUUUGUACUGAAGUGGCGUAUUUCCAGGUGGCACCUGCAAACGAUAGCAUCCGAUCUCAUCAAGUCAAUACAGAGUAUCACUUGAAUCUAUGCAAGACUCUGUUUGGGGAAGGUGUUUAUCCUGAAGUAGAUGCAACAAACCUGUACUAUGGAGGUGAUAGAAUUGCUGCAACUAAAAUCGUCUUCACAAAUGGGUCACAAGAUCCAUGGCGUCAUGCAUCCAAACAGACCUCAUCUCCUGACUUGCCUUCUUACAUCGUGACUUGUCACAACUGUGGCCAUGGAAGUGAUCUUCGAGGAUGCCCUCAAUCACCAAUGAUCAUUGAAGGUGAUUCCAAGAAUUGCAGUUCACCAGAUGCUGUGAACAAAGUGAGGCAACACAUAGUAGAACACAUCGACUUGUGGCUCUCAGAAUGCCGUGGAGUGCUUAGAAGUUCCAUCUAGAGUCGGCACACCUCACACACAAAGCAUAGUCUCACGUUUAUGUUCAGCAAAGAGAUGAAUAAAACAUCAUAUGAAUGUUCCAAACUUGUAUCUAUGUACAUUGACCUCCUAUGUACGUUUCAAACUUUUAUCUAUGCAACCUCAGAGCUGUAAUUAGACCAAUCGAAGCUAGGAUCAAGGUCUAUAAAACUUUCAAGCUGUUUACUAUCGUUGCGA